CUCCGCAAAGGGAGGUGGAACACGUGCGCGUUCGGGGAGGGAGGUCCCUGUCCGUCCCGCUGCGCGGCGUUGGCGUUCGCCGGCUGCGGCCAAGACACGCUGGUCCAGUUCCGUCUCUGUCUCGCGGCAAAAACCCCCACUUCAUACCGCGCUACAUCCGGCGGCCCGCGCUGUUGCGAAGUUUCCGGGGGAUGCAGUGAGCGCGCAGGCAGGGGGCGGGACCCAGCCGCCGCCGAGGGAGGGGAGGGAGCGCCUGGUGCAGCAGCCAGCCGCCAGCCUUGGAGCCAUCUGGUUGGCAGCCGGGCUGCAACGACAAGAUCCCCUCGGACUGCGCCACACCAUGCCCCUCAGCCUAUUCCGGCGCUUUCUCCUUGCCGUCCUGCUGCUGGUGAUUGUCUGGACCCUCUUUGGGCCCUCAGGCAUCGGGGAGGAGCUGCUGAGCCUCUCGCUAGCCUCCCUGCUCCCAGCCCCGGCUUCGCCCGGACCGCCCCUGGCCCUGCCCCGCCUCUUAAUCCCCAACGAGGAGGCGUGCAGUGGGCCCGGCGCCCCUCCCUUCCUGCUAAUCCUCGUGUGCACGGCCCCGGAGAACCUGAACCAAAGAAACGCCAUUCGAGCCUCGUGGGGCGGGCUGCGCGAGGCCCGAGGGCUCAGGGUGCAGACUCUUUUUCUUCUAGGAGAAUCGAGCUGGCGGCAUCUCACCGGGGUCUCCCACGAGAACGACCUGGCACGGGAGUCAGCGGCCCAGGGGGACAUCGUGCAGGCGGCCUUCCAGGACUCCUACCGAAACCUUACCCUCAAGACUCUCAGCGGGCUGAACUGGGCCGACAAACACUGCCCCAUGGCCCGCUACAUCCUCAAGACCGACGAUGAUGUGUUUGUGAACGUCCCGGAGCUUGUAUCAGAGCUGGUCCGGCGAGGGGGCCGUUGGGAACAAUGGGAGAAGGGCAUGGAACCACAGAGAGACCCUGAGGUUGGACAUGAAGAGCGAGAAGGAGGCGGCCCCACUUUGGGGAGCCAGCCAGUGCCUCUUUUGUACCUGGGACGUGUGCACUGGUGGGUGCACCCCUCUCGGACCCCAGGGGCUAAGCACUGGAUAUCAGAGGAGCAGUGGCCUCCCACCUGGGGCCCCUUUCCACCCUAUGCCUCAGGCACAGGCUAUGUGCUGUCAGCUUCUGCUGUGCAGCUCAUCCUGAAGGUGGCCAGCAGGGCACCCCUUCUGCCACUGGAAGAUGUCUUUGUGGGGGUAAGUGCCCGACGAGGAGGCCUCACACCAACCCACUGUGUCAAGCUGGCUGGUGCCACACACUACCCCCUGGACCGGUGCUGCUAUGGGAGAUUCCUGCUGACAUCCCACAGAUUGGACCCCUGGAAGAUGCAAGAAGCCUGGAAGCUGGUGGGCGGCUCUGAUGGGGAAAGGACUGCACCCUUCUGCUCCUGGCUUGAGGGAGUCCUGGGCCUCCUGCGGUGUCGGGUAAUAGCCUGGCUUCACAGCUGAGAGUGCCUGGGACCACAUGAGAGGAGUGAGGAGCAGAGGGUCCAGCCAGCACCCCCACGUCCUUUUCUCUCCCAGGCCUAAUGCAGGGGCCCUGGCUGGCUGCAGCUGAUCAGUCUGUCACUGAAGACUGAGGGAUACAGGAGAAACCUAGAGGCCUGGCUGGCCAGCCCCAGAGAUGGUCAUCAGGAAGAAACAACAAAACAAUGCUGGGGUGGCUCUCUCCAGCCAUGGCAGGAGGCGCACAAGCCCCUCAAUAAACUUGUCUCUCUACCUCUUCGAGUGCAGUGUGGUCCUCACCAGAGUCCCAGAACACAAACCUGGGAGCCUAGAGACUGCCAGAUCCUGCUGGAUGGGAAGGACAUCUCCAGGGACAUGGAAGAGAGAGGACAGCCUCUCUGAGGAGAAAGGUCCCUUAACAGCAAGGCUAAGGCCACAGCAACUACAAGAUAUGGGGCAGGGGUAGAGG